AAAACGACAGUCUGAAAUCGUUCUCCGUUUAAUUCGCCGGUUCUGUUCAAAACGAGGCGCGUAAAAUCGUGAGAUCUUAAUUAAUUAAUCGAUCUGUACUUCUUUAAUAUUAUCUGAAGACAUUCGCGGUCAAGCAGUUUGAAUCAGUGAUUGGUUAAAAAAAAAUUCAUAUAUGCGUUACAUUAGGAAGACGAGCAGCAAGAUCAUUCAGCUGCAAUUUCGUACAUUUUUACCAAUUAUUGAACAUUAUUAAUAUCUUAAGACGCUAUUCUUUUUCAUCAAUAUUUUCUUCUUUUCUUUUUCUUCUUGUUCCUUGAUACAGAGAAGAUUUAUCAAGAUUGGGAGUAAUUUAACAUCUUUAAAGAGCCAGAGACAACCAGAUUUCUUAAUGAUGAUCGAACGCCCGUGUUAAUAGCCACAACGAUGGUGCAAAUCCUACUAAACAAUUACAUCCAUUGGUGGAGCAUAUACGUUCAAUAAUCACAUCAUUCCAACCAAAGCAAGCAUACAGUGCAUUACACUUUGCUUACGUUAGGAUUCAAUGGAAGAAAGAUGAAACCUCUUGAAAGAUGAAGUCACGUUUCCUGGUACUAUACUUCUUCUUGGCCAUUUCUUCAGCAGAACAACGACCAUCUGAAGAUGUAAAUGAAAUAUACACUGAAAAAUAUUCACUUCUUUAUUACUUUUCAUGGGUUGAUUACACGGUGUUGGCUGCCAUGUUAAUAAUUUCAUGCCUGAUCGGUACUUUCUAUGGUUUCAUUGCUAAGAAGCAGGAAACCAGCCAGGACUUCUUGCUUGGAGGCUCGAGCAUGGGAACAUUUCCAAUGGCAAUGUCUCUCGCUGCUAGUUUCAUUACAGCUAUUGAACUCCUAGGAAAUCCUACAGAAAUGUAUAAACAUGGCACUCAAUUUUGGAUGACUUGUUUGGCUUUUAUUUUCGUUGUACCUAUUACCUCCUAUCUGUACCUGCCUGUCUUCAUGAAACUAAGAUUAACCUCGAGUUAUGAAUAUUUGAAUCUUCGUUUCAAUCGAUAUUGCAGGCUACUUGCCGGUGGUCUCUAUAUGUUACAGAUGAUCUUGUAUACAUCUGUAGCCGUAUAUGCGCCAGCGUUAGCUUUAAGCCAUGUCACAGGUUUAAACACUUACAUAGCCGUCACUCUAGUCUAUGUAGUCUGUAUCUUCUACGCGUCGCAGGGUGGAAUGAAAGCCGUUAUAAUGACGGACACUUUCCAAGCAGUAGUUCUUCUCGGUUCCCUUUUUCUCAUAGCUGGAUACGGUCUUUCCUGGGCAGGAGGACCUUCUUCAAUAUGGCAAAUUAAUGAAAAAUCUGGAAGAAUAGAGUUCUUCAAUAUGAAUCCUGAUCCAACCGUUCGUCACAGUUUUUGGAGCGUGGUGAUAGGUGGAACCAUAUACUGGACAACGAUGUUUUGCAGUAAUCAAGCUUCCGUCCAAAAGUAUCUUAGCGUUAGAAGCAUUAGUCAAGUCAGAAUAGCUUUAUGGGUAUCUGCUUUUGGUAUGAUUAUAAUAUAUACCAUAAAUUUCUUGACCGGUAUGAUACUUUACGACACUUACAAAGACUGUGAUCCUCUCUUGGCUGGUAACAUAACUGGUCAAGAUCAAUUAUUGCCACUGUAUGUAAUGAAUUUCAUGGGUAAUCUCAAGGGAGUACCUGGUUUCUUCGUUGCUGGAAUCUUUGCCGCUUCUUUGGGAACCGUAGCAAGUGCUUUGAACUCAUUGGCAGCUAUAACUUGCGAAGAUAUUCUACAAGGAUUAUUUAAGAUUGAUAUGUCUGCAAGGAAAGGUGCAAUUUAUGCUAGAUGGAUCAGUAUUUUCUUUGGAGCGCUUAGUUUUGCUUUGGUUUUCGUUGUGGAACAACUUGGCAGUGUCCUUCAAGUUGCAUUAUCAUUCAAUGGUAUGGUUGGAGGCAUCACACUAGGAUUAUUCUCUUUGGGGAUGUUCAUCCCAUGGGCAAAUGCCAAAGGUGCAAUUACUGGUGCCAUUAUCAGUUUGAUAAUCAUUCUGUGGAUUGGUCUAGGUGCUCAAAUCGCUGUUUUAAAUGGACAAAUUUAUUUGGAUAGCAAACCUGUAUCAAUUGAUAAAUGCUCUAAUAAUAAUAAUAAUAGUUUAAUUACAAUUUUCAAUCAUCAAUCAAGUAACAAUGAAGUUUAUUUCAUAUAUAAAAUUAGUUAUUUAUGGUAUAGUGCAAUAGGCUGCAUCCUAACAAUGUUGAUAGGUGUGAUUAUAAGCUUUUUCACAGGUGUUCAAAAUCCAGCUGAUCUUGAUCAAGAUCUUUUGAGUCCACCUAUUGCUUCCUUGUUUCAUAUGCAGACAAAACCGUGUGCUAAUAAAGUACAUGGUAUCACAAACUUUGGUUUGGAAUUAGAUGAUGAAAAAUCUCAAGUGGAAAAUGCCAAAAGUCCAAAGACAUAAAGAAAAGUAUUUAUUAUAUAUGUAAAAAUAGAUUUUGCAAUUAGAAGUUGCAUUCUAAGUGAUUAUUUGAAUGCAUUCUGAGUGAUUAUUUGAACAAUUAUUUUAGAAAAUUAUAUGAAUAUUUUAGAAGAUUAUAAGGAUAUUCCAAAGAAUUGUUUAAAAGAAGUAGUUCCUAAUAUUGUAACAGUCCAUUCAUUAUUUUUAUUUCUUUAAGGUUGUUUUAUAGUAAGCUAGAAAUAUUGACUGCACUAGAAAACUCUAUGUGUUAGUUUUUAAUGGAGCUUGCUAAAUAGUGAAUUUAUGAAUACAGAAAUGAUCUUGGAUUCAGUUUCUGAGAGCUAAGUAGUUAAUACACAAGGUUCAAUAUGUAAUUUAAUCAUGUUAGAAAUUUAAGUUUUUUCAAGUACAAUUAUAAAUCACUUCAUUCUGAUAAAAUAUGAUGAAAAAAAAUUGACUAUUAAGAAAUAUUUCUAUCUUGACAACUGAAAAAUAGAUAAAAACAGAUUAUAAAUUUAAAGUUUUGAAAUUCAAAUGUUACAGAAUGGAGCAUUACAGAUAAUUAAAUUAAAAUAAUCUCUUUGAUAGAGAUUCCUUAUUUCCUUAAGACUUAAAUAUUAAAUAUCUUUUAGAAUAUUAAUCAUGAAAAAAAAAUAUUAUUUAUAGAAUAAAACAAUACAACAGAAAAAAGCCAGUGCAUAUUCCAUUCAGGAAUUAAAUACAGUUAAAAAUGAAAAUAGUUUACUAAUUUAGAGAGAGACUAUUUAUGGAUAUUCAGAGAAGACUUCUUGUCAGAAGAUGACUUGUAAAGGUGUAAAAUAGUUUAUUAAUAGCGCUAGUUAUUAUAUCUACUCUAUAUAUAAUAUAUUUUGCGAAUUUCAACCAUUCCUGAACGAGAAAAUUCUCGUGGGCGGUUUUAAAAUAAAAUUAUAAAAUUUUUUUCUAUAUUUUAAUUAUAUUUAAUUAUAUUUAAAUAUAUUUAUAUUUAUGUAAAAAAAAUGUUUAUAUAAUCUUCAUAAAUUAAAUUUAAAUACGACAACUUUUAUUUUAAAUUUAUUUUAUCAAUUGAAGUAUUUUCUCUUUGUUUUGAUAUUGAAAAGAUAUUUAUUUUUAUAAAAUACAAUUUUUUCAUUGAUAUUUUAUCUUUUUUUUUAAAAUUCCAUAAAUAUAAUUUAGUAUAGUUUUUCUAUUCCAAGAAAAAAUUUUCAUAUCAAUUUUAUAAUAAUUUAUAUAUUUUUCUUUAGCUUUUUAAAAUAACUUCCGCCCCGAGAUGUUUCUUCCGUGACAAAACGUUGACAAUUCGUUUAAAAAUCUCCUUUUUAACAUCUUGUCAACUCCGGAAUGUUUUUCCCCUUUUUUCUCUUAUCUUCUUUUUUCUUUUUCUUUUUUUUUUUUUUUUUAUUAUCGUAGAGAUGAAAAAUCAUUCUUUCACUUGACUGCGGAUCUGUACUUCGUUUUUUCGUGCGAGAUUAUUUAAGUAAUUAAGAAAAAGAAUAUAUAUGAAUAUGUUUUAAAUAAGUUUCUUCGUUUCUAGAUAAAAUAUUUGUACAUAAGAAAAAAAAAAUAUACGAAUUAAAUAGA